CCCCUCGAGCUGCCUAUCAAGUUUAACGCAGCUACAACACGAGCAGAUAAUGUGCCACUUUCAGCACAGACAGUUAUUUUUGUUUUCACGAUGGCAUUAAACUGCAGCGCAUUCAGUCGCCUUAUCUUAGGGGCACACACCGCGGCUGAGGCCUGCGCAAAGCGGGCAGUUCGACAGACAUGUGGGAGAUAUAGAGUGUGUCGAUGGUAUUCCAGUAUCACGCAUGAAGAGAACAGACUGGAGCAAGUGUUUGUGCCAGACUCUUCCUGUACAUCUGUCACAACUGCACAGGUCCAAGAGCUUGUGGUUCCAGGUGGUCAUAAGCGAGUUCUGAAGGAUGUUCUGCCUUUCUCAGCAUUCCUUACGGACUCUUUUGGACGGAGACAUAAUUACCUACGCAUUUCCCUCACCGAGAAAUGUAACCUUCGCUGUCAAUACUGUAUGCCACAAGAAGGGGUAAAACUCAGCCCUCGCUCUCAGCUCCUAACAACAGAGGAGUUACUGACGUUAGCCAGACUCUUUGUACGAGAGGGGGUGAGCAAAAUACGGCUGACCGGAGGAGAACCUCUCAUUCGCCCAGACGUUCUGCAUAUUAUAGGGGAAUUGAGGAAGUUGGAGGGUCUGAAAACCAUUGCAGUCACUACAAAUGGCAUGAAUUUGUCCCGGCUGUUGCCCGGUUUGAAAAAAGCUGGAGUGGAUCUGCUCAACAUCAGCCUAGACACCCUGGUCCCUGCCAAAUUUGAGUUCAUCGCUAGACGAAAAGGGUUUCAUAAAGUGAUGGAAGGCAUUGAAAAGGCUGUUGAAAUGGGCUACAAUCCAGUCAAGGUGAACUGUGUGGUCAUGAGAGGUCUGAAUGAAGACGAGUUGAUUGACUUUGUGUCACUGACAGAGACGAAACCAUUGGAUGUGAGAUUCAUUGAGUACAUGCCUUUUGAUGGUAACAGAUGGAACUUCAAGAUGAUGGUGAGCUAUCAGGAGAUGCUGGACUGUAUAAAGCAAAAAUGGCCCAAUCUGGAACCUGUGCCCGGAGAGGAAACAGACACAGCCAAGGCGUUUAGAGUACCAGGAUUUCAGGGCCAGCUGGGCUUCAUUAGCUCCAUGUCAGACAAUUUCUGUGGUUCCUGUAACCGCCUGCGCAUCACGGCCGAUGGCAAUCUUAAGGUUUGCUUGUUUGGGAAUUCAGAGGUGUCUUUGAGGGAUUUUCUGCGCUCCGGAGCACCUGAAGAGGAACUACUGCACAUAAUAGGGGCAGCAGUCGGGAGGAAGAAGAAACAGCAUGCAGGGAUGUUCAAUAUAUCUCAGAUGAAGAACAGGCCGAUGAUCCUCAUUGGUAGGGAUUGCAGUUGGCUGCUGCCAAUGCCUCCAUUCAGAGGCAGUCAGAGACCGGCUCUUUCUCUCAUCCACUGCAUGGACUCAGCAGCCUCUGCUACAACCCGGUCAUUACCAAAUUACCGUAAACACUUUUGUAGUAAUGUGCAUCAGGACUUCACAAGCACUUUUGAUAAUGAAGCACAAGGUUUGACUAAUUUUCAUAGAAAUAAUAAUCGACUAAAAUUUAAUCCCAUUACGAGCAUUAACAAUCUAAGACACAUCUGUGCAGCCUCAGUGGCGCUUUGUCAUCAGGUGAAUGUUGGUGCCUCAAAAACCCUUACAGCUGUAACCAUUCCUACACAUAUUUACACCCACCCACCACAGCUAAAAUCCAAAACAUUGGCUCCUGUGCCCUUUCGUAGUGCACUACUGUCGACAUCCACAUUUAGAGAUUCAGCUCUGCAGUUUGCACGCCACUGCCACAGAAAAACUCCUGAAUGUGGAUUCGAUUUGAAAAUACCACAUACAGACGCACAAUCGUCCAGCUUUGAUGGAACUUCUGAUCAGUUGACCCACACUGAUGCACAGGGUAAAGCCUCCAUGGUCAAUGUGGGCUUUAAGGCGGUAACUUGUCGCACAGCCACAGCUUGUGGCAAAGUCAUCCUGGGCCCAAAAGCUUUUCAUCUGGUGUGUGUCAACCAGCUCGCCAAGGGCGAUGCCCUAGCGGUAGCGCAGCUAGCGGGCAUCAUGGGUGCCAAGCAGACCUCAUCCCUCAUUCCCCUCUGUCAUCCGCUUCCUCUUGACCACGUUUCCGUUACCAUAGAGCUGCUCGAAGAAGGACAUGCCGUCAUCGUAAAGGCAACCUGCCAAACCACGGGCCGCACAGGAGUGGAGAUGGAGGCCCUGACCGCCGUUACGGUGGCCUCGCUGACCCUCUAUGACAUGUGCAAGUCAGUCAGCCAUGACAUUGUUAUUACUGACAUCAAGUUGCUUAGCAAAACGGGAGGGCAGAGAGGUGAUUUCCAUCGCUGGCCCGACUCCUAAAGAACGCACAAAUCUUACCUGUUUGAAUGUAGCUUUAUUCACUAGAGUGACAUCAGUGUUCUCUAACAAAAUGUGCCUUCAGAUGCCUCUAGCUGAUCCACUAAUUGUUAUUUGAACCUGUGUUUAUAACCAGCAUGAAAUGUGAUUUAUUCGAGUAAUCAUUUACUUUAUACAAAGAAUACAUUAUUUUGGCCUAGAUUUAUUUUGAUAAUGAUUUUGAGCUGUAUUUGGUAAGGGUGUCAACAUUUAAACCAGUUAAGGUCUAUGAGGAUUCCUUUGCUCUGAAAAGUGUUUGCAUACCUGAGCCAAAACAAACUGUAUUCAGGUUAUUCAUUUGAUUCAAAGGAAUGUUUCCCCUUAAAAAAGUUGUUUUGAAAAAUG